AUGUGGGCGCUUUAUGGGGACAACUGGGCCAUGGAUAUGAGUGAGACUACCCUUCAAGAUGCACCAACAAAUGGAAGUGAGCCAAAUGCUCGAGUUUUUGGUGGUUAUUUCAUUAAUAAAAACAGCAUCUACAAAAUAUGGUCUGAUGUCUUCAUCAAGUACUACGCAGAUGCCUCAAGUACUGGUAGUGAAGACGACGCCUGCACAGGGACCAUUGUAGCACCCAGUACCGUCUUAUCAACAGCCCGCUGUCUCAGCAAUGAGGGUCUUGUUACUGAUAGACUUGAUCUAGAAAGUACCGGCGCAGAUGGUGUUCUUUACACCAAAAAAAUUACCAGUACUCUAAUUCAUCCAAACUACGAUUCAUCAACCUAUGCAAACAAUAUUGCUCUGGGAUACGUAGACACGCCUUUUGAUGUGAGUUCGACAGGACCAUUUGAUGCGCUCCCUCUUCCACCCGUUCGAUCAGCGGGCAAAGAUGCUCUUAAUGGCCAAUUCCUCACGGUUUGCGGUCAUAUGAACCCUUACACAACAUCCGGCUUCUACUACAUUAGUCAACCGACAUGCAAUGUUUUUAUCCCAGAACCAGAUGCAUAUUGCAUUGCGGAAUCAGUUCCAGUAAGAUCUAAUGAAAUAUGCGCUCGUUCGUCUGAUCAAUCAAAAAUAUCUGUUUGCUAUUACGACUACGGAGCUGCACUGUAUUACCACGACGCACUUGGUUCUACAUUCUACCUAUGGGCAGUUGCAUCUUAUACAGUUAACGAUGUGUGUGCCGGAGGUCCAACUGCUUAUGUCGUUAUUCAGGACGCUGAGUAUGAUUUUGUUAAUGAUAAUCUACAAUAA